AUGGGGAACCUGUUUGGGGCUCAAUGCACUGCAUGCAAACUGCAUGAGGCAAGCGAGGAGGAGGUGAAGAAGAGCACUCGCUGCACUGCUGCCAAAGCGAAAGCUAAAGCUAGAGCCAGAACUUCUUCACCCAAGAAGAAAACCCCUGCAGAGAACAAAGACACACCAUUUAAAGAGAACAAGAGAUGUGCAAAGCCUAAGCCACCCAAUCCAGAGAGUACACCAGAGACGACUAGCACCCCCCCCCCGGCUCCAGCAAAGCGGAUGCGUGGAAAACAUGCCGACCCUGAUGCGGACUCCCAAAUCCUGGCUUUGAAAGAGGCCAACAAGAGGAUGCAAGCUCGGUUGGCAGAGUUUGAGAACAAAGCUACUGCUAAGAGUUCUUCACCAGCCCCAGCUCCCAAGAAGCCUUCACAGCCCCGGUCCUCUGCUGCCAAAAGCAAGGCAGCUGCUUCCAAGUCGAAGCCGGUGGAGAUGCCGGAGCCUGAUGAAGUGGGGUCUGAAUCUGAAAAUGAAAUGACCGAUGCUGCCAAGAACAACCGCUUGAGGCGGCUGUGUGAGCGAAAACCCUCGGGUCGCUUGAGAGUACCUGAAAAGGUCCAUAAGAUGUGGCUGGCCAAAGGCCAUUCCAGGGAAAAGCUACGUCAGAUGUUGGAGGAUUGUGAUUGGGAUUCCGAGAGGUUCAUUCGCACCGUGACCAAGUCGCAUGAGACUGUAUCCAAGAAAUCAAAGAAGACUAGACGUGGCUGGUACACCAAGGAGGGUAUGGAAAAGGUAUUGAAAUGGAGCAAGAAGUACAUCGCAUCCGUGGUGAAGUAUUGCGAGAAGAAGGGCUUGGUCAAGAAGGACAAAUACAACAAGAAGUUGAUGAAGUACCAUGUUGAGAUUGAAGAAGGGGAUGAGAGCCUUGAUGAGGAAAUCGAUAGGGUACAUGAGGAGGAAUGUGAGGAGGCCUUUUCCCCCCAUCCCAAACCCUUGCCCUCCAAAUGUUUUUAG